GGCCUUAGCAUCAAGUUAUUGAUUGGUCGCAAGCAAAAAAAGCAUCCGCAAGAUGGGAGGCUACAAAUACGUGACGGAGCUGUACAAAAAGAAACAGUCGGAUGUUUUACGAUUCCUUUUCAGAGUACGGUGCUGGGAAUACCGUCAACUCAAUGUUAUCCAUCGUGCAUCUCGUCCUUCCCGCCCUGACAAAGCUCGCCGUCUUGGAUACAAGGCCAAACAGGGAUACGUUGUCUAUCGUAUCCGAGUCCGUAGGGGAAACAGGAAAAAGCCCGUCCCUAAGGGUGCAACAUACGGUAAACCCGUCCGACAGGGUGUCAACCACCUCAAGUACCAGCGUGGCUUGAGGAGCACUGCCGAGGAGCGUGUCGGUCGUCGUUGCGGAAAUCUUCGUGUGUUAAACUCGUACUGGAUCAACCAGGACGGUGUGUACAAAUACUACGAGGUUAUACUCGUCGAUCCGAACCACAAGGCCAUCCGUCGUGACGCACGUAUCAACUGGAUUGUGAACCCUGUACAUAAGCGUCGCGAGGCUCGUGGUCUCACAGCAAUUGGCAAGAAGAACCGUGGUUUGGGCAAGGGCCAUCGUUACAAUCACACUCCCGCUCGGUCGACAUGGAAGAAGCACAACACCUUGUCUCUUCGCAGAUACAGGUGAUCUGGUCGUCUGUCUGUUGGGUAGCUGUCGACUGUGUCCAAAUUAUAUUGCGUUCAUGUUUAUCACUCUUGUCAUGUUCUUCCUACGUGCAACAAUGUAUGCUUUCAUGCUCUAUCAACAUCCAUUAGCUGAGUGCCCGUGGCGCGCUACUUAUAAUGUAUAUCAGUUGAUGUCCACAUGCACAUAUGAUCAUCCGCUGAUGGCGACGUAUUCGUCCCGGCAGCUUCAAUCAGUUUUUGUUGUAUCUUUGAGGGCCGUUUGGUUAUUGUUCGGUCUUAUAGUGGGUACCAAUAUUGGGCGUUACGAGUCCGGUAGCCUCAAAUUUGACCCGAUUGAGCGCUGAGCCCCGGUAGAAUUAUACCCAACAGUACCAUUUCGGUCAUACUUGGAAGCCGGACCAGUUCAAAAAUUUGUCCUUGGAGGAUGAAUUAUUUAGGUUGCAAAACAUCCGAAAGGGCUCCGAAGAUUUGGGC